CCCGCUUGCCUGCCGCGCUCCGAAGAUGGUGGCGGCGCCGUGCGCCCGGAGGCUGGCCAGGCGCUCGCACUCGGCGCUGCUCGCGGCGCUCACCGUGCUGCUGCUGCAGACGCUGGUCGUGUGGAAUUUCAGCAGCCUUGACUCCGGGGCGGGCGAGCGCCGUGGGGGCGCAGCGGCCGGCGGCGCAGAGCAGCCGCCCCCAGCCCCGGCCCCGCGCCGCGAGCGCCGGGACCUGCCCGCCCAGCCGGCUGCAGCCGGAGGAGGAGGCGGCGGCGGCGGAGGACGGGGGCCACCGGCACGGGCGCGGGCAGGCGGCCCCGGAGAACCGCCGGCGCAGCCGCGGGCCAGCCGGGGCGCACAAGCCACCCGGGCGCUGGACCCACACCCGAGUCCACUCAUCACCCUGGAGACCCAGGAUGGCUACUUCUCACACCGGCCAAAAGAGAAAGUGCGAACAGACAGCAACAAUGAGAACUCGGUCCCCAAAGACUUUGAGAAUGUUGACAACAGCAACUUCGCCCCCAGGACUCAAAAGCAGAAGCACCAGCCUGAGUUGACGAAGAAGCCCCUGAGCAAACCAAAGGAGCUGUUGAAAAAGAAGCUGGAGCAGGAGGAGAAAGGAAGGGGACACCCUUUCCUGGGGAAGGGUGCCAACGAGGUGCUGCCUCCUGGUGAGAGAGCCACAGUCAACAGCAGCCGUGGGAAGGAUGCCCUCCAGCAGGCCCAUGCCAAGAAGAGCAGGGACAGCUCCCCCGAGAUCAAGUAUGACCAGCACCCCAAGUGUGACAUCUCGGGCAAGGAGGCCAUCUCGGCCCUCUCCCGCUCCAAGUCCAAGCACUGUCGCCAGGAGAUCGCAGAAACCUACUGCCGCCACAAGCUGGGACUCCUGAUGCCUGAGAAGGUGGCUCGGUUCUGCCCCCUGGAGGGCAAAGCCAACAAGAACGUUCAGUGGGAUGAGGACUCGGUGGAGUACAUGCCAGCCAACCCGGUCAGAAUUGCCUUCGUCCUGGUGGUCCAUGGCCGUGCCUCUCGGCAGCUGCAGCGCAUGUUCAAGGCCAUCUACCACAAAGACCACUUCUACUACAUCCACGUGGACAAGCGCUCUAAUUACCUGCACCGGCAAGUGCUCCAGUUCGCCAGGCAGUAUGCCAACGUCCGUGUCACCCCCUGGAGAAUGGCCACCAUCUGGGGGGGUGCCAGCCUCCUGUCCACCUAUCUGCAGAGCAUGAGGGACCUGCUGGAGAUGACCGAUUGGCCCUGGGACUUCUUCAUCAACCUCAGCGCAGCCGACUACCCCAUCAGGACAAAUGAUCAGCUGGUGGCAUUUCUCUCCAGAUACCGAGAUAUGAAUUUCCUGAAGUCACAUGGCCGGGACAAUGCAAGGUUUAUCCGAAAACAAGGCCUGGACCGGCUCUUCCUGGAGUGUGAUGCCCAUAUGUGGCGCCUGGGGGACCGACGGAUCCCAGAGGGCAUUGCCGUGGAUGGCGGCUCCGAUUGGUUCCUGCUGAACAGGAAGUUUGUAGAAUACGUGACAUUUUCCACAGACGAUCUGGUGACCAAGAUGAAGCAGUUCUACUCCUACACUCUACUUCCUGCCGAGUCCUUCUUCCACACGGUCCUGGAGAACAGCCCCCACUGCGACACCAUGGUGGACAACAACCUGCGCAUCACAAACUGGAACCGCAAGCUGGGCUGCAAGUGCCAGUACAAGCACAUUGUGGACUGGUGCGGCUGCUCCCCCAAUGACUUCAAGCCGCAGGACUUCCACCGCUUCCAGCAGACAGCCCGGCCCACCUUCUUUGCCCGUAAGUUUGAAGCCGUGGUGAAUCAGGAAGUCAUCGGGCAACUGGACUAUUACCUCUAUGGGAACUACCCUGCGGGCACCCCGGGCCUCCGCUCCUACUGGGAGAAUGUCUAUGAUGAGCCUGAUGGCAUCCACAGCCUGAGCGACGUGGCUCUCACCCUGUACCACUCCUUCUCCCGCCUGGGCCUCCGCCGGGCCGAGAUGUCCCUGCACACGGAUGGGGAGAACAGCUGCCGGUAUUAUCCAAUGGGCCACCCAGUAUCUGUCCACCUCUACUUCCUUGCUGACCGCUUCCAGGGCUUUGUCAUCAAGCAUCAUGCCACCAAUCUGGCCGUGAGCAAACUCGAGACCCUGGAGACAUGGGUGAUGCCCAAGAAAGUCUUCAAGAUCGCCAGCCCACCCAGUGACUUCGGGAGGCUCCAGUUUUCCGAGGUCGGCACUGACUGGGAUGCCAAGGAACGCCUGUUCCGCAACUUUGGGGGUCUCCUGGGACCCAUGGACGAGCCAGUGGGCAUGCAGAGAUGGGGGAAGGGGCCCAAUGUGACAGUGACCGUCAUCUGGGUGGACCCCGUCAACAUCAUCGCAGCCACCUAUGACAUCCUGAUUGAGUCCACUGCCGAAUUCACCCACUACAAGCCUCCUUUGAACCUGCCUCUGAGGCCUGGGGUCUGGACCAUAAAAAUUCUUCACCACUGGGUGCCGGUUGCAGAGACCAAAUUCCUCGUUGCACCUCUGACUUUCUCAAACAGGCAGCCCAUCAAAUCGGAGGAGGCACUGAAGCUGCACAACGGGCCCCUCCACGGCGCCUACAUGGAGCAGAAUUUCCAGAGCCUGAACCCUGUUCUCAGCCUGCCCAUCAACCCCGCGCAGGUGGAGCAGGCACGGCGACAUGCAGCCUCCACGGGCGCGGUGCUGGAAGGCUGGCUGGACUCGCUGGUGGGCAGCAUGUGGACCGCCAUGGACAUCUGCAGCACCGGCCCCACCGCCUGCCCCGUCAUGCAGGCCUGCAGCCAGACGGCCUGGAGCUCCUUCAGCCCCGACCCCAAAUCGGAGCUGGGGGCCGUCAAACCAGAUGGCCGCCUCAGGUAGCACCGGGCACAGCGGGUCACCAUGGGGUCCCAAAGGGAAAGCAGCCAGAGGGCCAGCAGGGCUUGCACCUGGGCCCCCACCCCAGGGGGUGCCUUUAGUGUGAGGGGCGCUCCUGGCCAUAGAAUGACGGAGAAGGCAGGUUUGGAGGCCAAAGCAGGGUCUGCCGACGACCUGCGUUUAGAGGGCUGGCUUCUGGGAGUGAGACUGCUCAUUCCCAGCACCAUGGUGGUCUCAGCUCUUCUGGUCAAUCCUCAAGUCCUACAGGUUCCUUUCCUCCCUCCUCCAGUGACCUAGCCCCCAGACAAGCAAUUUUCAGACGUUUAUUUUGAGCAGCUGAACUCUGGGUACCAAGCUCAGUCUUGGGUGGAAGUUCAAGGUGCAGAUGGACCCCAGGCUGCUCUUGUUGAAGGAACAGUGUGAGGUUCUUCUCAAAGCUCAGCACACUGGGUGGUCCCUUUGCCAAGGGCGUCUCCUAAGGUACCUCGUCGGAACCCAAGGGCUCUGCAAAACCCAGUUUGAAACGCACUGCCCAGACCAUGGGUUUGACCUCCAGCUUGGCCCUUGGGCUCACCUCCCUGUUCCUCAUGGCCGGGAAAACCUUGUGCCAGCCACUGAAAGUCACAGUCACGUGCCCUCCUUCCGUGAGGUGGCAGGCUGGGGAGGGCUCUGAACCUCCCCUCACCCCUCCUCGGGUUGAGCCACCCACAUUUGUAACUAGAUGGGUCAGACAGCCCUUUGGAGUGGCAUGGCCAAGUUCACCCAAAAGUGUGGCUGCCAUCUGUCCAGUGUUCCAGGCGACAUAUCUGGGGCCACCCUCCCUCAAGGCUGCCCCACUGGGGAGCAGUGAGGUGAUGGUACAUGUGGGCCUGAACAUCAAGUCCCCUACCCAUUCAGGGGCCAGGAGACAGAGACCGUGACCCCUUUGUUCCUUGAAAAUGGGGACCUCGGGGACCCAUGGCCAUGAAGCUCACAAGAGAAACUUGGAAGCAAACCUCCUGAGCUGGACAACACAGCAAUACCAGUCACCCUCCCGAACCCUUCCGUCUGAAGUCAGACCUUCAAACAUUCGUGAGUCGCACACACGGUGCUGCUGGGAGUGACCAAAACGCAUGGACCAAACUCUUCACAUCCAGGAAAAAGCAUUUCAGAUUUGGUUUUCGAUUUCACAUCCUUCCUUAUCCGAAGUGCGAACAGGCCCAUCUGGCAGACAAUAAAAGUGGGAAGGUUGAGUGUCUGGUGGCUUAAAAACUAGUAUUAUUCAAACUGCUUAGGUUACCAGAAAUCCAAAGGGUGUCCUUGCCACAUGCCCCUAUGAGGCCCCCCGCUAAGACUAGAGAGCCCCCCUGUGAAGGUCCACCUUUCUCCUCUAAUCCCCUCCUCCCCUAAAGGACAGAAUCCCCUUGGAAAAGCCACACCCCGGGUUGCAAAAUGCCCUUACCAUGAAGAGCCAGUCCUUGUAUUUUUCUCCAGUGUUAGUUUGAAGAUACUGCUGUUUGCUCUGGAUGUGAGGGACACCUGUCAGCUGUGUUGUCCCUCCACCCCCACCCCUACCCCCAGCAAGGUAGGACGUCCUGUGAGCAAGAGAGGAUACAGAGAAGGGACACUUUAGAUAUUUAUUAUUUAUGUGUUUUAGUCCAUGACUAAUUAGUAGGUGCUGUUUUUGCAGCUUGUCAAUUACGUUAUCUUACUAACUAAAGCUGCCUUUAUUCACAAAAGGCCCCCCUUCCCCAACCUUUUACCUUCCUCUUCCCCUCUUAACCUACCCCCUAGUGUCUCUCUCUCUCUCUCUCUCUCUCUCUCUCGGUUUCUGUCUUUCUGAGUCUGCCCUACAUUCUCCUUGUCCUCAAAGUAAAGCAGGGGAGUUGGACACCAUGAGGGAAAGCCUCACCAGUACCAUCCACUGUCUUCAAGUGGGUCUGCCUUUGGAAACAUCUGAGCCUUGCUUUUCCUUAUCCAGAUGUUAGCCUCAUCUGUCCCUCCAAUUCUGGAGGUGCUGGGUUUCCUGAGCCACCCCCUAGCCCCACCCCAGGAAGAGGGAUGUGGCACAACAGGUGAAGACUUGCGGGUGGAGAGUGUGCUGCCUGCAGAGGGCUGGGGCCAUCCCUGCUACCUCCAGUGCUAACUUUCUAUAGCCGGUCAAACCAUGGAUAUGACAUGGCAAGAUGGCAGAGAGAAACAGGCUCUUCCCAAGAAGAAAAAGGAGGUCCAGCUUAGGAAGAGGGUCAUCAGACAGACUGGAAGAGCCUAGAAGAUAGCCAUCAACAACAGUGGUACUAGGGAACUCAAAACUGGCUUUCUCAGAAAGUCCAUGUGAUCUGCAGAUGGUUUUAUAAACUCUGGGAGCCCAGAGCCCUGUGCCACAUCCUUUCUGUGCCCCAGCCCUCUGCUUCCAGCCAGGUUUCCCUAGCAUCCAGGCUCCUGAGGCCCAGAGGAGCCUCCUUCCCACCCUCUGCCUGGCCUCUGGGUGUCUGUUUCCCCCAGUGUUCUCCGUAGUGCUUUGAACGCUCCACCCCAGCACGUGGCUGUGCAGUGUGAACCUGCAGACUCCUAGACAUGCUCCCUCUUCACACACUGCCAUUCUGACUGUGCUCCAUCCUGGAACAAGCAGACAAGUGGUGGACCUGGCAUUCUCUGGGGACCAUCCCCCACUUCCUCCAGGCUUCGUUCCCAUCCACCCCAAACUAAUUCGGGGCACUGAGCCAUCACACAGGGUCUUCUUUUGUCCCCUCUGAUUUUGGACCAGAGAAUAACCUUGCUGAGGUUACAUUUGAUGGAAAAGGAGAAUUCCAAACAAAGGCCAGGAUGAUUUGUGGAAAGGUGAUGUUUUCCCAGGAAAAGUUGUUAAACUCAUUUUUUCCCCUGCCUGAGAAUGAUUUAUGUAUUAGUCAGGUAGCUGUGAACUAUGGCUGCGUGAGGAUUUCAGAAACGUGGGAACAUGGUUCAUGGAAAUCCCAAGCAGUCUACGAGGGCAUAGAGGUUGUGGGCUAAGUCACUGGUCAAGGCCCUGGGGACUUAGGAAGGCUCAAAAGUGGGACUUGGGUUUAGGGGUAGAAGGAAGCAUUCAAUGGCUGUGGUACUCUGUACAGCUCCCCACCCACCCUAGUCACGUUCAGGCAGAAGGUAAGCUCGGGGCAGACAGCUCUCCAAAAUCCCACUUCCCACUGCCAUGGGUAAAGCCGCAUGUCUCCAAGGAAGAAGUAAGCAAUUCCCAGGGUCCCCAUGUAUUAGAAAGUGUACCAGUUCCUCCCUUUGGAAAAAGGCCUUUCUGAUCAGAGUUACUUUAUCCCCCAUUGUUGGUUUAACUUCUAAAAUGCAACCGGCAUUUAGAGAGAAUGAGUAAGACCACGAGCCCCAGGAAAAAGGUAGAUUCCAGCUCCUCGCAGCCCAGGCUUCCUUCUGGUUCUCUAGUUUGCAGAUGCAAGUAGGAUACUGGCUGGAACCUUGAUGUCGCCACCAAGAAGAUGCAGAGUAGAGGAAAGCAGUAGUCGCUGGGUGUGGGACGUGAGCAAAGACCGUCUUCACAACCAAGUUCACUGAGACUUCAGGACACAGGCUCCCCAGCAGCAUGAAGGAGGGGAUGGUAAAAGACACUCUCAGCUCUAAAGACAGCAAGGAUGCCCCCCAGAUCAAAGCCACACUCUUUGGUAGGGGUCCCAGAUGCCUAUAGGGUCCAGAAAGCUAAUAUAGAUGAGUGAAGCUGAUUGGCGUAAGACAAAAGGGAGUGAUGGAGACUGCGGCAUGCUGACAUACACGGGACCUAUCCAAAAACAGCUGCUACUCAACUCCAGCCUGUCGAUUCAUGUGAGAAUGCAGACACAGCGUAGCAGAAUCUUCCAGAUUCUUAAGAGAAGCCAGAAAUCCAGAUUCUUAUAGGACAUCUCCUGAUUUUUUAAGUGUUAGCUUUUUUUUUUUAAUGGGGGGAGUGGGGGAACAUUCCACAGUUCAGCCUGUGCACUACCAGCAACCUUUGCUUUCUGGGAGAUGAUUUAAGAUGAAGUUAGCCUGAUGGAGGAGGGAAAAAGGCAGCGGUAGGAAAGGGUAAAAACAAUAGCUCACGUUGAACUCUGAAGAAUGGGCAUCUCUUCCUCUUCCCCCACCACCACCACCACCCCCCACCAAAGAGAUGAACCCACAGGGGAGAAGUAUCCUUCGAGGACUGGCCUGUUCAGUUCUCCUGGUCCCAAGACAGUUAAGCACAAUUGGAAGAAAAAAUGGUAUUUGGAGACCUGGGCUGCUGCCCUUUAGGUAAGGAACCACAUCUGUCUUGGUCCACAAUUUUUGGAGUUCUUUCCGUAUCCAGAGGAGAGGGCAAGGACAGGGUCCAGGAGGAGGGAGAUGAUGGGUAAAGCAGGCCGGCUCUCUCCACAUCCCAUGUUUGGGUGGCCAUCUUGCCAGACACCUCCGGAAGCUUCUCUGGAAGCCGCACUGGAGCUCUGCUUGCCCACGGGAUGCAUUAAGCCAGUUCUGUCCUCUUUGCUUCUGCCUCAGUUACCUUAUUUUGCCCAUGGGUCUACCACAGGCGCUACCUCAUUGUGUCUGCUGAGAAGUUUACCUGGGGGAGAAAUAGAGGUGUCCAAAAUCUCCUUGAGCUGAAUGUGCAAUCUAUGCAAAUCCUCUCUCUGUCUCUGUCUCUAUCUUAGAAGUAUUUUUUUUUUCUGUUACCUUGCAAACAAGAUACUGUAUAGGACCCUCUUAAGACUGAGGAGGGCUUUCACACGCCACCUGUGUCUACCCCUCACGUUGUUUCUGGUUCUGUUCUUUCCAAGCCCCAUGCCGGGAGAAAAGAGGCUCUGUCUCCCCUCUCCACUUUAGCUGGGAAUUCUCCAGCUGCCUCUGCCCACAGACUCCGCAGGAAAGCAGGCUCUAUACCUUGCUCCCCUCAUCCCUAACACUGUCUUCUCCAUUCCUCAUCUUCCUCCUCCUUGCUUCCCUUGCCCCCCAAAAAAGCCUUAGGUUUCUCCUUUGUGAAAUGUGGCCUUAACAUUAUUUUUGGAAAGCUGACCGUCUUCUCCCUCAGAUUCCCACCAACAUCCCAGAAGAAAACGCCAUCUUGAAGCUUGUGCGGCCUGUCCUAAGCCAAGGGCUGCCAGUCUGCAGUUGGCAGAUACAAAAGCAAUCGCUUACAAGUGUCAUCUUUCAGGAAAAAAAAAAAAUGUUUUUCCUAUGGGUAAAAUGAAGGCUUGGGUGCUCGUCGAAACCUUAGCCAAGUCCUGAAGCACUCGGGAGAGCGUGUUGCAGCCAUAAUGGGCUGGCUUAAUUACCAGCAGAGUGCUCGCAUCGGCUCCCAACCCUCCCCCAGCCCCCAAAGCCUUGGUGACUUUCUGUACUUCAAUCAAGGGUAAAUCAGGAGAGUUUCUCAAUUUAUCUCUUUGUCCUUCCUGGCUGGAAAGGGAUCGUGUUAAAUAUUCCCAGCAGAUGGGUAGUGUUCUCAAAGGUAUUACCCUUCCCUACCAUUCUUUCUCCUUCCAUCACGCCCCUGCGGAUGGAAGCCAAAGACAACCCCAGGGUUUUCAUAGGAAAUUCACUGGAAUUGAGCGCAAUCGUCUUUAUAGUCCUCGUUGUCUUUUUGUUUUUUUUUUUAAUUAAUAUGAUGUUGUCACUAUUGUUUGUUUGGGCUCUCGAGGCCUCACAGUAAGUUAUUACCGUUCCCUUCAUUUUUUCUUUUCAAAGACAUGUGGUGAUAUAGUUUUUAAAAAUAACUAUUUUGUUAUAGAUCAUAAUAUGCAUAAAACUGUACAGAAAUAUUUUGUAAUGUAUUGAUUUUUUUAAAAAAAGAGAAUCUGUAAAUAGAGUUUUAAAGAGAGAGAGAGAGAAUUCAAACAGCACACACUGAAAGAUGUAGAUAUUUUGCUAUUUAUUUAAAGGCGUAUUUUAAGAGAGAUUGAACUAUCUGAGAUUGACAGUAAUCAAAGUUCCAAUCAUCCAAAUGCUUUUCUUCGCGGUCGAGUGUGGUUCUCGGAAUCGAUUGCACUACCUGCCCAUUUUUGCACCUUUUCUGUCCUUUCAUUUAGCGGAAAAACCACCACCACAACAGAAUUGUGCCUUAGCUGUAUUUUUUUGUCUAGGGGAGUUUAUUUCUGUCUGACAAAGCAAAAUUUUUUGCAGAAAACAGUGGAUGUAUUAAAUACUGUACCAUACCAAAAACACUGCAGGUGUAUAUAUAGAUGCUUUCUGUCAUACUGUGUUUUCAGAUGCAGAAUUUUAAAAAUAAUAAAAAAUACUGUCUUUACGGAACAGUGGCUGUAUGGCUUCUUUUCGGCAAUAUGGUACAUCCUCGGUUUGCGAUUGGCAACUAACCUCAAGGUUGGUAGUUCAAACCCAGCCAUCAGCUCCACAGAAGGGCCUGGCAAUCUGCUUCUGUAAAGAUUACAGCCAAGAAAACCCUAUGGAGCAGUUCCACUCUAACACCUGGGGUUACCAUGAGUUGGCAUUGACUCGAUGGCAACAAGUUUAAAUGCAACCUGGUAUUCUCUUCCCUCAUCUGCACAGCCAGUCUCCUAGUACUAGGGCAACUAGAUAAUUUAUCAUCCAAACUGGGAAACUGCUGUCUCUUGGGCAAACCUGGAUGCAUGGACACUCUCCCUGGUAAAGGCUGCUGUCAUCUCUCAACUGGAUUAUUGCGACACCCUACUGUAAAAGAGGAGCCCUGGCUGGUGCACACAGUUACUGUGCUCAGCUGCUGACUAAAAGGUUGGAGGUUCAAGUCCACCCAGAGCCACCUUGGAAGAAAGACCUGGCAAUUUGCUUCCAAAAUAUCAGCCAUCGAAAACCCUAUGGACCACAGUUCUACUCUGACACGCAUGGGUCAAAGUGAGUUGGAGUCAACUUGACAGUAACUGGUACUGUAAAUGAUGCCCCUGGUUGAGGCAGAAGUAGAGGAUUUUAAACUAUUGUUGAAUAGAGGAUGGUGAGGGGCGACUGCCCUAAAGUUGUUAACAAUGUUAUAUACCCAGCUGGCUGGUUGUUCAGCAAACCUGUUUCCCUUGCCUCUUCAUCACAUAGCUAAACUACAUUUCCCAGACUCCCUUGUUCUCAAGUGAGGUCAUGUGAUCAACUUCUGGCCAGUGGGAUGUGGGUUGACUGGACACGUGGUACCUCUUGACCUGGCCAAUGGAAACCUCCCACAAUAGCCUCCUCUCAAAUGCUUUGCAUCAUUUUGAUUUGGUGCAUUUACUUAGUUGGAGCCCUAAUGGUUAAGAGCUCAGCAGCCAACCAAAAGGUCAGCAGUUCUAAUCCUCCAGCGGCUCCUUGGAAACCCUAUGGGUCACUCCUACUCUGACCUAUAGGGUCGCUAUGAGUCAGAAUCGUGCAAUGGAUUUGGUUUACUGCUCUUCUUGGAAACAUCACACAGCCCCCAACCUAAAGGAGGGCAGAGCUACAAAAAGGGAGGAGCCUGGUCUCCCUGAAUGACAUGGAAAACACCUAACUGAGUCACCCCGUUUGACUAUGACAUGGAAAAAAAAGAAACAUUUAUUAUGUCAUGCCACUGAGAACUAUUUGUUACAGCAGCUAGCCUUACCUUAACUAAUUCAUCCAGAAAUGGAAAUUCAGAUGUUCCUUUGGGAAAGUUAAAAUUUCAGCCCCUUCAGUCCAUAGGUAAUGGAGCUGUGGAAGACAACAAAAGCAAAAUUCACAGUGCAAGAUCUAGGGCUGCUCUGGGGACUGGAAAACUGGAACUGGAGCCUUGACACUCACAACCCCUUUCUCCAUUUCUGCUAGCCCCAGUUAGAAUUUAUUCUCUCCUACAGACAGCUUACGCUACAUGGUAGAGAAAGAGUGGCCCCAGCACCUCCUGUUUCUUGUCCCACAAACUCCUUAACAAAAAAAGCAAUACCCUUAUCUUCAUUGACAAAGGGGGUGGCUCUAACUAGCCAUCCGAGGGCACAGACUCAGCCCUGGACCUAUUACUGGAACCAGGCAAACGAUGUACUAUGACUGGCUGGGCUGGAUCAUAUGCCCACCCCUGUGGCCAGGGAAUUGGGUAAGAAGCCGUGAUUGGCAGCCCCCAACCCAAUCACAUGAUUGGAAUGGAAGAGGAGUAUUUCCCCAAAGGGGAACCUGGUACUGAACAGACACAAACAACAGAUGUCUGUCAACUCCCGCUAACUCCAAGCCCAGGUGGCUGCUCAGCUUGCUAGUCCAAUUCGUUUCUGCUCCUCAAGUACCCAAAUUGUCUCCACCCAGCUCCUAGACACCUCUCUAAAGAGAAGGGCUCUGGGUCUGUCUUGAGCAAAUCAUUUUAAAUAAAUCUUACAUGGAUGGCACGGAUGAUUUCACCCUCACUUAAUUAGUGUGGCGUGUUUAUGCUUAGGGAACAACACGAUGGAUUUCUCCUUUUGUUCUUGCAGCCUGGGCACAGGACUCAUUAAAGCAGCCCAUAAAACUGCCCUUUGCUAAUUAGAGUGGCUAUUCUGACCUGCGAGGAGCCCAGGUGGUACAGUGGUUAAGCCUCAGCUGCUCAUCAAAAAGUCGGAGGUUCGAACCCACCAGCCCGCUUGGCGAAAAAGACCUGGAGAUAUGCUCAUGUGAAGAUUGCAUCCAUUGCCGUCAAGUC